UAUAUAAACUGAAGAAACCCUAAUUCCGACGACAUCGUUUCUCUCUCAGCGCUGCGGUAUCUUCUCAUAACGUCGACCACUCUUCCGCCGCCCCUCGCGCCGCCGUCGCAGCCAUGAUUAUUCCCGAGAAGAACCGGAGAGAGAUCUCGAAGUACCUCUUUCAAGAGGGCGUGUGCUUCGCGAAGAAGGAUUACAACUUGGCGAAGCACCCGGAGAUUGAUGUUCCAAAUCUCCAGGUGAUUAAGCUUAUGCAGAGCUUCAAAUCGAAGGAAUAUGUGCGCGAGACAUUCGCGUGGAUGCAUUAUUACUGGUACCUUACCAACGAUGGGAUUGAGUUUCUCCGGACUUAUCUCAACCUACCUUCGGAAAUCGUCCCCGCCACGUUGAAGAAAUCUGCGAAGCCCCUUGGCCGUCCUAUGGGUGGACCCCCUGGCGAUCGCCCUCGUGGACCUCCAAGAUUCGAUGGUGACAGGCCACGAUUUGGUGAUCGGGAUGGUUACCGUGGUGGGCCAAGAGGGCCGCCGGGUGAGUUUGGUGGUGAUAAAGGUGGUGCACCAGCUGACUACCAGCCUGCCUUCAGGGGUGGCGGGCGCCCGGGUUUUGGCCGCGGUGGUGGCGGCUUCGGUGGUGCGCCGCCAAGUUAAGUUUACUCUAUUGCCUUCAUUAAUAGCUUUUUAAGAGACUCCUCCAUUGGGAAAUUUGGAACUGUGUGUUCACCUCUUACUAUGGUAUUUUAUUCAAUCCUUAAUAUUCUCUUCA